AACGAAGGAAGAUUUAGUGAGAAGACGCCUUGUUAUUUUAUUGCGCACAUUUUAACUAGGCUAACAACAAAGAACGAUGCAGAUCUUUGUGAAAACCCUGACUGGAAAAACCAUAACACUUGAGGUCGAGCCAUCUGACACUAUUGAAAAUGUCAAGGCCAAAAUUCAGGACAAAGAGGGAAUUCCCCCAGACCAGCAGAGAUUGAUCUUCGCUGGGAAGCAGUUAGAGGAUGGUCGCACACUGUCCGACUACAAUAUCCAGAAGGAAUCCACACUUCACUUGGUUCUGCGUUUGAGAGGAGGAAUGCAGAUCUUCGUCAAGACCCUCACCGGGAAAACCAUUACUCUAGAGGUGGAACCAUCCGACACCAUUGAAAAUGUCAAAGCUAAAAUCCAGGAUAAGGAGGGAAUUCCCCCAGACCAACAGAGAUUGAUCUUUGCCGGAAAGCAGCUGGAAGAUGGCCGUACACUAUCUGACUACAAUAUUCAGAAGGAAUCCACACUUCACUUGGUUCUGCGUUUAAGAGGAGGAAUGCAAAUUUUCGUCAAGACUCUAACUGGGAAAACCAUUACAUUGGAAGUAGAACCCUCUGACACUAUUGAAAAUGUGAAAGCCAAAAUUCAGGACAAAGAGGGAAUUCCCCCAGACCAACAGAGAUUGAUCUUUGCAGGAAAACAGCUGGAAGAUGGCCGCACAUUGUCAGACUACAAUAUCCAGAAAGAAUCAACUCUCCAUCUAGUACUUCGUCUUAGAGGAGGAAUGCAAAUCUUUGUGAAAACCUUGACUGGAAAAACCAUCACUCUUGAGGUGGAACCCUCUGACACUAUUGAAAAUGUGAAGGCCAAAAUUCAGGACAAAGAAGGAAUUCCCCCAGACCAGCAGAGAUUGAUCUUUGCCGGAAAACAGCUGGAAGAUGGCCGCACAUUGUCCGACUACAAUAUCCAGAAAGAAUCAACUCUCCAUCUAGUACUUCGUCUUAGAGGAGGAAUGCAAAUCUUCGUCAAGACCCUCACAGGGAAAACCAUUACUCUUGAGGUGGAACCAUCUGACACUAUUGAAAAUGUGAAGGCCAAAAUUCAGGACAAAGAAGGAAUUCCCCCAGACCAACAGAGAUUGAUCUUUGCCGGAAAGCAGCUGGAAGAUGGCCGUACACUAUCUGACUACAACAUCCAAAAAGAAUCGACUCUUCAUCUAGUACUUCGUCUUAGAGGAGGAAUGCAGAUCUUUGUCAAGACCCUCACAGGAAAAACCAUUACAUUAGAGGUGGAACCCUCUGACACUAUCGAGAAUGUCAAAGCUAAAAUCCAAGACAAAGAAGGAAUUCCCCCAGACCAACAGAGAUUGAUCUUUGCCGGUAAACAGUUGGAAGAUGGCCGUACACUCUCCGACUACAAUAUUCAGAAGGAAUCCACACUUCACUUGGUUCUGCGUUUAAGAGGAGGAAUGCAAAUCUUUGUCAAGACUCUAACUGGGAAAACCAUUACAUUGGAAGUAGAACCCUCUGACACUAUUGAAAAUGUGAAAGCCAAAAUUCAGGACAAAGAGGGAAUUCCCCCAGACCAGCAGAGAUUGAUCUUUGCCGGAAAACAGCUGGAAGAUGGCCGCACAUUGUCCGACUACAAUAUUCAGAAGGAAUCCACACUUCACUUGGUCUUGCGUCUGAGAGGAGGAAUGCAAAUCUUUGUGAAAACCUUGACUGGAAAAACCAUCACUCUUGAGGUGGAACCCUCUGACACUAUUGAGAAUGUCAAGGCCAAAAUUCAGGACAAAGAGGGUAUUCCCCCAGAUCAACAGAGAUUGAUCUUUGCCGGUAAACAGCUGGAAGAUGGCCGCACGCUGUCCGACUACAAUAUCCAGAAGGAAUCCACACUUCACUUGGUUCUGCGUCUGAGAGGAGGAUUUUAAACUUGGAGUAUUUUAACUUGUAACAUAUUAAGUAUUAUUUAUAAAAAGACUUGAGAAAUGUUUUUAUCAAUGUUUAAUGCCAUCUGAAAAUUAUGCCUAUUAAAAGUUUACAACAUAAAA